UUGAAUAUUAACUAACGUGUGUGACGUGUGUUUGUCGUGGUUGUGUUAUUUGUCCCUAAUUGUGGGUUCAAUAUGUUGAAAUUACUUGGCAUUUUAACGGGGUAUAUAUUAAUUCUGCUUCCCCUAUCUUCAGGAUUAUAUUUUCAUAUAGGCGAAACUGAGAGAAAGUGCUUUAUUGAAGAAAUUCCUGAUGAGACAACUGUUAUUGUCAAUUACAAGGUGGAACUUUAUGACCCAAAAAGUGGCGGCUUCAUGCCUUCCAGUCCCGGAAUUGGUAUGCAUGUAGAAGCACGGGAUCCCGAUGACAAGACAAUCCUUUCGAGAGUUUACAGUUCAGAAGGAAGGAUAUCCUUUACAUCUCAUACUCCAGGCGAACAUAUUAUUUGCCUUUAUUCCAACAGCAGUAACUGGUUUAGUGGUUCUCAGUUGCGUGUUCAUCUAGAUAUCCAAGUGGGUGAGCAUGCUAUUGACUAUGCAAAUGUGGCUCAAAAAGAGCAGCUUCCUAAACUCCAGCUCAGAAUAAGACAGCUUCUGGAUCAAGUGGAACAAAUAACAAAAGAACAGAACUACCAGAGGUAUCGAGAGGAACGUUUCCGGCAGACAAGUGAGAGCACUAACCAAAGAGUCCUGUGGUGGUCUGUUACACAGACAUGCAUCUUACUGGUAAUGGGGGCCUGGCAGAUGAGGCAUCUCAAGAGUUUCUUUGAAGCAAAGAAGCUUGUGUAAUAUUUGAUGUGGGGAUUGAAAUGUUGCAUUGUAAAUACAUUCAUUUAAAGUGGUGAUGUUAAUGAAUGUUACAUGUGCUCACUGCAUGGCACAUGAGCUUUGUAAAAAUAUAGCAGGCUAAGACAUACAAAACAAUUGAUAGCUGUAUUAGCUGCAAGGACAGUCUGUUAUAUCCAAGGGCAUGCUGGAUCACUUAUGUUUGGAUGACCUAAUGUUAUUCUAUUUUUCAUGCUUUGUACUUUGCUCCUCUAAUUGUUCAGAUGUCGUGUUGUUGUAGAUUCAAAACCUUAUUAGAGUGGUUCCCUUUAUACAGCAUGCCUUUGAUGUCUAGAAGAAAGAUGCCAUUUUUCAAAUGUAAUAUUUAUUACCAACCAGUCAUAUGUAAAGUGAAGAGGAAGUUGAAACAUCUUUUCUACACCUGUGUUGUACAUACCAGUUUCAUAUGUUGAAGUUUACUGCAAUUGGAGUAGCCCGUGGGUUGAGUUCUGAUGACAUUUACAAAGUGGGAACUGACCCUCCUGGAAGGAGCCAUUGACAUUUUUCAGGUGGUGUGAAGUCUUCUGAGAUACAGGGAGCUAUAUAUGUCACAGCUAGUAAGUCACAAAUUUCAGGUUUGGUAGAAUGUGUGCUCUGUGAAGAAAGGGGGCUAGUUAUACUUUGUUUCAAAAUGAAUUGCUGACAUUGGUUUUAAGGUACUUCACUCUAUGAGAAGUUAGCAGGAGUCAACAGCCUGGAUUUAGUAGACAGUUAUAUGUCUAGUCCACACUGGCUGUUUUAAAAACAUUUAGUAUUGGUAUAAAAUGGAAGUAGUAAACAGAAAAAGUGAUAUUGUAAUUUUUACAGCAAUUGAAAUCUUGGUGUACAAGGUGUUGAGAAAUAAACUACACAUCUAAUUUCCUACUUAUAAUUUGUGCGCUUACAAUGUUGAUUGUGCUAACAAUUCAUGUUAACCUAUCUUUAAUGAGAUACUUCUCAUGCUUUUGUUAUUACUAUAGUCCGGUACUAAGACUGGUGGAAUAUGGUUUCAGUACUUUUGUGUGUAAUAAUAAAGAUAGUGAAAUAAGUAUUGCA